GAAAUAUAUAAUCAAGAAUGAUUAAGAAGGCAUUCAAAAAGUUCAACCGUCAAAGCAUCAAACCGUCAAAUGCUCAUUCCCAGUUUAACCGUUGAAGUUUAAAAGUGCUGUGAAUAGUCGGUUAUUUUUUCAUGAACAUUUUGUUGUAAAGCCCAAAUUAUAAUGCCUGGCCCCAAGCUUAGUCAACCGACUAACGUCGUUAGGAGAUCGACAAGGGUGUCGCUAGCACCGCAGAAACUCACUUCAACUACCAGCUUUGGACGACAGAAGAGCACCCUUGGUUUGCCCAAAAACACCGGCUCAAUCAGAAACGAAAAUGUAGAUAUCAACAAGAGGAAGGCUGAAAAAUCGCCAACCACCAAGCAAACUGUGAAAAGAUCCGCUUUUGGUGACAUCACGAAUGAUGUGCCGAAGAAGAACGUGGGUCCGGGUGGCAAGCCGGGAGCCAAAGAGACGGGGGCCGUCAAGAAAGCGUUCGGAACGAUCAUGAAACGCCAGCCGCUGCGGUCGACGACCAACACAGUCGCUCCCGCUCCCCCCGCGGCCAAGAAGCCGACUGCUGCCAAGGUGCAAGCGAAAGCCGCACUGGUCAUUCCCAAGGUGACAACAACCGCCGCCGCCAGGAAGCAGGCUGUCAAGCAGGUGGAGAAAGAGGUGGUUGCGGGUGUGGCGACACUGGCUCUGCAGCCUCAGGCGGUGGGGGCGGCGACUCUACAACCGGAGGCGGCUAAGCCUCCGCUGCGACGGUCGGCCCGACUCAGUGACACGGGCAACAGCAGUGGCGACAGUCUUUUCUAUGUUACUGCUCUUGAAGAGUUGAAUAUUACAAACUCCGACAAGAAGUCUGAUAAGAAAGAAAGUCUGGGGCCAUGCGUGCCUGAGGGAGUCGAGGAUUUCGAUAAAAUAUGUGCUCAAGAUCCUGGCCAGGUCUCCGACUAUGCUUUUGACAUUUUCAGCUACUUGAAAUCAAGAGAGGCAAGAUAUAUGAUUCCGGCAUACAUUGAAAGACAGCCACACAUUACCAAAUAUAUGAGAUCAGUUCUGGUGGAUUGGAUGGUGGAAGUCCAAGAGAACUUCGAGCUGAAUCAUGAAACUCUCUACCUGGGCGUGAAAUUGGUCGACAGUUAUCUAUCGAAAAAGAGCAUCUCAAAAGAUAAUCUACAACUGGUCGGCGCUGUCAGCCUUUUCAUUGCUUGCAAAUAUGAAGAACGGUGCCCACCGUCUGUCGAGGAAUUUGUAUUCAUUUGCGACAACGCUUACGCAAAAUCAGAACUAUUGGACAUGGAAUUCAGUUUCUUAGAGGUUCUGGACUUUGAUCUGGGAUAUCCUCUAUCUUACAGAUUUCUACGAAGAUAUGCAAGGUGUGUGAAAACAGAGAUGCCCCUGCUGACACUGGCGAGGUACGUGCUGGAGUACUCGUUGAUGGAUCACUCCACUGUGUCCAUUUCGGACUCGAAGCUCGCUGCCGCCAGCCUUCACAUCGCACGCAUCAUGAACAACGGUGAUGUUUGGUCACCUGCUCUCGAGUAUUAUAGCGGAUAUAAAUUGGAUGACUUCAAAGAUAUAGCUUUCCACUUGAAUGACUACCUGCACAAAAAACCCAAAGAAGCUUUAAAAUCAAUAAAGAACAAGUACUCACAAGACGUUUUCUUUGAAGUCACCAAAACUCCAUUGGUUGGAAACAACAAGUUAUAAUGGAAUUAAGUUAAAUGUAGAUGCGCUACCACAAUGUAAGUGUAAAUAGACCCUCGAAUAGAUUUAUGAAGAUUUAAGGCAUGAUUUAUAUGACAUGAUUAAUCUUUUCACAACCAGACUUCAAAUAUUAAUGUAAAAAUUUAAUGGUGGUCUCUAUUUUUUACUUUCUUAUUGAUUUGAGUUUGUGUGUGUAGUUUAUAAUUCCUUUGUUAUCAAAAGUAUUGUAAUGUUCAAGUUCAGGAAAAAAUGGAAAACUUUAUUUAGUAGGAAAUAAUAUGCAAAAAAUAAAUUAGUGUCAUGAUUCCUUUGGAGUUUAUGCAGUUUGUAAAUGUUGCAUUGUAGGUCUAUUGAUGAUAAAAAUUGAUGAGUUAUUGUAAAAUUAUGAUAUACAGCCUGUAAUGUUUUUCAAAAGGUAUUAUUAUAUACUUGACUAUUUGUUUUGUACUUGUAAACUUUUUAUAUUCUUGAUGUGUAAUGAAUAGAGAUACAUUUUUAAGGAACAGACUCUUACUACUUGAAAGGAUAAUUUUCUUGAAUUAUACAUUUAUUACUUUAUAUAAAAUGUAUUUUUGUAAAUCAUACCAAUUACAAUUUAUAGUGUUGCUAGUUUGUCUAGACAAUAUUUUUGAAAGUAUACAAUCCUAUUUUUGUACAAGUAUGGAUAAAUCUUAUUCAAUUGAUGUAAAAGGAUGUCCAAUUAUGCAAAACAGCUUGAUAUAGCUAUUAUCAAACAUUUCAAUUGUAGUUCACUUUGAAAAAUAAUAUUCAUAUUAUUGAAUGUUGAUAUAAUGCUUGUAUUACAAGCACCGAAAAUUGUUUUUUACUGUUUCAUGGGGAUUAAAAUUUUUAGCGAAAAGUGAUUUUUGCAUUUAUGGACAUUGUUACUGUUUUAUCUUAUCUUGAUGUUUUUAGUAUAAAAAAUCCCUCUUGCUGAUUUAUGUUAUCUUGGAAUUUAGUAUUUUUAUAUAGUAUAGGCUAAAUUGUAUUUCGUGCAAUCUUCAGUAAUGUUAUAUUUAAAAAUCAAUUUUUCUAAAUGUAAUACAAUCAACUCAUUUUCAAUAUUAUUGAUGACCAGUAUUCAAUUCUCUUGAAUUAAACUUAGGUAUUAGAAAGUUCAAUAUAUUAUGUGCUCUUAAAGAAGCUACAAUUUUGGCUAAUUCAACCAUUAGGUAGUCCAAGACUGAAUAUACUUAAUAUUGUUAAGAUUCAUAUAUUGCCUUGUUGAAAGCGUAAGCACUAACUCAUUUGGGUGUAUUCAGUUUGUAUAUUCAUGUUCAUUGUUUGAUACUGUGUGGAUUUUUGUGUAAAUAAAUGAACAAAUUAAUGAUUA